UGUUGAAGUUACAAGGGGACUGACAGCAAAGUGUUUUAUUGGAUAUUGUCCAGUAAUAGUUUGAACAGGUGUUUAAUAACUGUAAUUUUUACAUCGAAAUUUGUAUUAUUAUUAUUAUUAUUUCGUGUUUUCUCAGAAAAUGCCGGACGACUUAGCGCAAAUGAUCCUUGACGAAGUAACUCUGGUUUCUGACUUAGUGCAAAUGACCCCCAACCUUGACGAAGUAACUCUGGUUUCUGAGAGUGGAGAAAUUACUAUCGUUCCGCGAACGCUCUUAAUCGAGAAAGGAGCAUUACUCAAUUUCGAUUUAAAUUACAACGAAGCAAACACAAUUCUCAAAUUAGACGUGAAUUGCAACAUGCUCAGACAACUUGUUAGGUUUAUGUAUGAUGAAACCCCUACUUUCACCAAAGUUGAAGAUGCAUUUCAAAUGUACUUAUUUAGCAAAAGAAAACACAUCAGCAAAUUGGAAGAAAUAUGUCUUACUUACAUUAUCGAGUCGAUUCACACCGGAGGAGUUAAAAAUGUUAUAGCUUUGGCAUGUAAAUUUAAUGACUCGGUCGUAAAAUACCAUUGUUAUAAAUAUUUUUCUACUUCGUUUGGGAAAUUCAUGAUUGACGAAUGAUGACUUUGUCUUGUCAGAAAAUUACUAUCCAGAUGUUACAUACUUUAUGAAGAAAUGUAAAUAUUUUCAAAAUAACUUAGGACUUAUUGUGUGUCUUUUCAACUCGUGCUUUUUGAGAAAUUUUUUUAAAUGUAUAACGAACUCUUCCCUUCUAUUAAUCAGAUUUCUUUCUAUUAAACCUGAGCAAUUAGAUUUCAUUUACUCUUUCGACAUUGUGAGAUUUCGGACUUCAAGUUAAACAAUAUAACUUCUCAAUAUUAAUUUUGUAGGCCGGGAUAUAUGUCAACUUACACACCUGAGAACUUAAGUGACCUUCAUAUAUUCUGUCCCGAUUUCGUCGUUUAAUAUGACAACUGGCAGCCGGUUUUGUCAGUCAUCGCCAGUUCCUCAAGCGGGUUAGUCAUUUGUGUGCGCCUCAGUUUCUUCUGUCCGAGUCAUCGUGGAAUACACUGGCUUUGUCGGAGGAACAGGCAUUACCGCUAUCUCCACUAUAGAAACUCCAUCCCUCUUGUCAGCAACCAUACCUUCUACGGUGGAUUUACAAGUUACGAACUAUCAUCGAGAACUUUUCUCUUACCGAUCCAACCUGCACUCUAUCCACGCGCGCUCUAUUGUGAACUCUCUCUUUCUCUCGCGCUUAACUGGCUGGGCAGUCUAAUUUUAUGUGUAAACAACGAAUAAACGGGUAUAUGUGAUUAUAUAACUUGUCUCAGAGUGCCUUACUUCCGUUGCGCUUUCUCAUAGUCCUCCAUCCUGAAUCCGAUCGCUUAUGCACGCCACUGCUCGCGUGACCUAGUUUCUAACAAAUACCCAUUCGCUGUCGCGGCUUCUGUGUCAAACGGGUGUCAUCCUGACGAGGCAUCGAAGUAUGGUGAUAGUCAUGAAUGUAAAAAUUCUGAUCAUUUUUGGACUCUGGGAACUUAAAAGGUCGAGAAAUACAAAA